AGUGGCGGGGAGCGGGUGCUGCCCUUGUGCACGUGGGAAUUGAGCGCCGGACACGGGUCUUCCUGGAAAGAUGAGGGUUCCGUGGCUCUGGAGGAGGAGCUGGGUGGGGAGGAGGCAGCCCUGCAGGUCCUACACGGCAGGUGCUCUCCCCUCCCCCAUUGCUGAACGUUUGGCAUUUUACAAGCAGCUCAGAGCCGCUGCCGAGGAACGCUGUGCCGAGCGAACCCGCCAAGAGAGACGGCCGAUUCGGCUCUCCCUGCCAGGCGGCAAAGUAGUAGAAGGAGAGGCCUGGACUUCCACACCACAUCAGGUGGCCUUGCACAUAAGUCAGCAACUGGCUAAGCGGGCAGUCGUGGCCCGGGUGAACGGGUGCUUCCAUGAUCUGGAUCGCCCACUGGAGGACGAUGCCACCUUGGAAUUUGUGGACUUCGAUUCUCAGGAUGGCAAAUCGCUUUUCUGGCACUCCAGCGCCCACAUUCUCGGGGCCGCUGCCGAACGUUUUUACGGUGCACUCCUGUGUCACGGACCCAGCAUAGACAAGGGCUUCUUCUAUGACAUGUACCUGGAUGGUGAACGGACUGUGUCCAGUAAGGACCUGCCAGCGCUGGAAGAGCUCUGUCGGGAGAUCAUAGGAGAGCAGCUCCCCUUUGAGAGGCUGGAGGUGUCCCGGGCGGAGCUGAUGGAGCUCUUUAAGCAUAACAAGUUCAAACUGCAGAUUAUCGAUGAGAAGGUCACCUCUCCGACUGCCAUCGUGUACAGGUGUGGCACCUUAGUUGACCUUUGCCGUGGGCCUCACGUCAGGCACACAGGAGAGAUCCGAGCGCUGAAGCUGCUGAAGAACUCCUCUGCCCACUGGCACGGAGACCCCUCCAGGGAGUCCCUGCAGCGCAUCUAUGGCAUCUCCUUCCCCAGCCCCAGGCAGCUGGAAGAGUGGGAACGUGCGCAGGAGGAGGCCAUGCAGCGGGACCAUCGGCGGAUCGGCCAGGCUCAAGAGCUCUUCUUCUUCCACGAACUGAGCCCCGGCAGCUGCUUCUUCCUCCCCAAGGGGGCCCACGUCUACACCACCCUCGUGGGCUUCAUCAAGAGCGAAUACCGAAAGCGCGGCUUUUCCGAGGUGAUCACACCGAACAUUUUCAACGCCAGGCUGUGGGAGGUGUCUGGCCACUGGCAGCACUACGGAGAGAACAUGUUCACCUUCCAGGUGGAGAACGAGGCCUUCGCCCUCAAACCCAUGAACUGCCCCGGCCACUGCCUCAUGUUUGGGCACCGCCCCCGGUCCUGGAGGGAGCUGCCGCUCCGCCUGGCUGACUUCGGGGUCCUGCACCGCAACGAGCCCUCAGGAACCCUCACAGGGCUGACGCGGGUCCGGCGCUUCCAGCAGGACGACGCCCACAUUUUCUGCUCCAUGGAUCAGCUGGAAAGCGAGAUCAGCAGCUGCCUGGACUUCGUGCAAGCCGUUUACUCCGUUUUUGGAUUCACGUUCCACUUCUCCCUCUCCACGCGGCCGGAAAACUUUCUUGGGGAGCUCCACCUUUGGGAUCAGGCUGAGCAGCUGCUGGAGAAGAGCCUCCAAGACUCUGGUCUGCCGUGGGAACUCAGCCCUGGUGAUGGAGCCUUUUACGGGCCGAAGAUCGACAUCCAGAUCAAGGAUGCGCUGGGGCGGCAGCACCAGUGCGCCACCAUUCAGCUGGAUUUCCAGAUGCCCAUCCGGUUCGACCUCUCCUUCACAAGCAAAGGUGGAGGCGCACCAGAGCGGCCGGUGAUGAUCCACCGCGCGGUGCUUGGCUCUGUCGAGAGGAUGCUGGCCGUGCUGGCGGAGAACUACGGCGGGAGGUGGCCCUUCUGGUUGUCCCCGUUCCAGAUCAUGGUGAUCCCCGUUGGCCCAGAAGCAGAAAGCUACGCCCACGAGGUCCAGCAGUGCUUCUCCCAGGCAGGAUUCAUGGCGGAUGUGGACACCAACGUGGGGUCAACCCUCAAUCGCAAAAUCUGGCACGCCCAGCUGGCACAGUACAACUUCCAGUUUGUGGUUGGCAAGAAGGAAAUGUCCCGCCGCACUGUGAAUGUCCGCAGCCGAGACACCCGCCAGCACGGCGAGCGGCAGUUGCAUGAGGUUCUGCACCGGCUCCAGGCGCUCCGGGACACUCGGGCCAGAAACGCAGAGGAGCUCUUCUGAGGCGGGCGCCAGCCCGUGCCCCUCGCUGACGGGGGUGCAGGAUGCCCGUGCGGAAUCGGUCGGAGCGGGGCAGGUCAUCUCGCCGCCGUCUUGUGAGCAGGGGAGAGGGCACUGCUCGUCUGCCUGCCUCACUUCAGGUGAUACUUCUCACCGAGGGCACCUUGUCCGCGAAGCUGCUGCAGGAACUUGGCAUCUGGGGCCUUCUGUCUCCUGGCUGUCACUCUGCGGAUCAAACACUGCCCCGAUUCCGCCCCGAAGCCUUCCUGGAACGCCCUCCGGACACCUGGCCUUGCUGAGGUCUCGUUGGCCGAGCAGUUUGGGCAGCGGCAACUGGUCCAGCGCCCCACAAAGGCAGGAGGGGGCCCCUUCUUGGGAACGCUCUUCAAGGAAAUGGGUGCUUGGCAGGACGCCGAGCACUCCCUGCCGGCCACCGGCCUGCCUCUCCGGGUCACCGUCCUGCCGAUGGAGGCCUGCAAUUACAAUGCUUUUGUCCGGAGCAGCUGCUGCCCGGCCUCAGGCCGAGGGGCAGCGAGCACCACCUGAGGCCUGGGCCGCUAGGCAGGGCCUGGGUCACUGUCAGGGCAGCCGCUCAGGGUUUUAUUUUUUACCUGCGGAAGUUCAAGGUGCACCUGAAACAGCUGCCUUGGGGGCAUUCUUGGGCAUGUGCGUAGAUGGUGCGGGUGAUUCAGAGCAACCUGCUCGACGACGAAAGCUGCAAGGCUUCAGCAGGCUCGGAAGGGAGUCUGCCCCCGCACCCGCGUGCACGCCCGGCCUCUGCCUCUGCCUCUGCCUCGUUUAUCAGAUGCAAACACUCCUCCGAAACAGGGAGAUGAGUAACUGCUUGGGACUCCCGCAGCGCCCUUCCCGCCAUCGUGGGCUGACCACCUCACCUCUCCCAGGCCUCAUUAAACGUGGUUAUCCGGCCAGGGUCUCAACAAA